AUGGCUACCACUGCUGUAUCCCGUCGCGCUCACACCACACACUCCAAAGAGAAGGAGCCCGCCACCCACUCGCAUGACUCCGACCAUGGACAUGGCCACGCGCACUCCCAUUCGCAUUCAGAUGGAUUCUUCUCUUCCCUCGUCCAUACGCACGGCCACGGUGAGGGAGAUCAUGGCGAAGCGGAACAUAUGGUACAGGCUCUCAAGGGUGGAGGCGAUCCAGGAAGCAGGAUAACUCUUAUUGGGCUGGGAUCCAACGUAGUCCUCACCAUUUCUAAGGGUGCUGCGGGAUGGUACAUGAACUCGGCUGCACUGUUAGCAGACGCAGGUCAUUGUGCAGGCGAUCUCAUUGGGGACAUUGUCACGCUCGUUUCCUGGCGCCUCUCCCGCAAACCUCCAUCCGAGCGUUACCCCUACGGCUACGGCAAGUUCGAGGUCCUCGGAACCACCGUCGUCUCCCUCCUCCUGACCGGCGGCGCGCUGGGCAUCGGCCUGCACUCCUGGGCGCUCCUCACCGACACCCUCACCGCUGCGACCGCGACGAUGGAGCCCGGGGUCUUGCACGACAUCGUCGCGCGCGCGGUCGACGCCUCCGCCUCCGCCGCCGAGCACGCGCACAUCCACGCGCACUCGCACGCCGCGGUCGCCGACGCGAGCGGCGCGCUCGACCCGAACGCGGCGUGGUUCGCGGCGCUGGGCGUCGUCGCGAAGGAGUGGCUCUACCGCGCGACGCGGCGCGUCGCAAAGCAGGAGCGCAGCCCCGUGCUCAUGGCGAACGCGGUCCACCACCGGAGCGAUGGGUUCGGGAGCGCGGUCGCGCUCGUCGCGAUCCUCGGCAACUGGUUCUUCCCCCACAUCGCGCUCGACCCCAUCGGCGGGCUCGUCGUCUCCGUGCUCAUCCUCCACCAAGGCCUCACCUUCCUUAUGUCCGCAAUCCGGCAGCUGACCGACGCGGGUGUGUCGCCGAAGACCAAGGCCACGCUCAUGUCCGCCCUCGAACCCCUCAUCUCCUCGCGUCAGCCCGACCCUGCGCCGUCACCGGCGCUGGACCCCCUGCUGGCGGUGACGGACCUCCGGGCGAUGCGUUCGGGCGCGCACAUGAUGGUCGACCUCGUUGCGCACGUCCCAGCGGGCCUCAGCGUUGAGGACGCGGCGACGCUGGAGGAGCGUAUACACGACGCGCUCGUGCGCACGCGGAGAGAGGUGAAGGAGGUCCGGGUGAAGUUCCACCCAGUGUACCAGCGGCCAUAG